UCCCGAACUGCUGUCAGUGACAGUUCCCCGAUCAUGCGGCGGCGGAUCCUCGAUCAUUGAUUUGUAUCAAUAAUCGAGAUCCCUCUUUUUUUUUCUCUUUCUCUUUCCGAUCUGCCGGCAAUUCUAUCGCGUUGUUGAGUUUACUCUCCGUUUGUACUGUUUUUUCAUUAAUAAGACGCUGCCCGGAGGAUCUUUCGUCGGUUCUCUGCUCUCGCACGGUGCUACGAGUCACGGACCGUUGUUGUUGUUGUUGUUUUGAGUAAUUGGAGCAAUCAUGGUGUCGACCAGUAGAACUACUUGGAGGCUGCUGCUCGUCUGCUUCGCGGUACUGCUUCUAGGCCUUCUUCAGCACGCCGAAGGCGCGAGAAAGAGAUUCCGCAGGCCGACGACUUCCGCCCCGUCGAUCUCAAACGAUCAGGAGGUCUCAGCCAGUGUCAACAGGUUCAAGGUCACGCGAAAUCGUGUCAGCAAUAAGAACACGAAGAACGAGCUUCAGCCUGGCAAGACAAACGAUUACAAGCUCGUAUGCUAUUACACGAAUUGGUCCCAGUAUCGCACGAAGAUCGGUAAAUUCCUGCCGGAGGACAUUCAACCUGACCUCUGCACCCACGUUAUCUUCGCCUUCGGAUGGCUGAAGAAGAAUAAACUAACUAGUUUCGAAUCGAAUGACGAAACGAAAGACGGCAAGAUCGGUCUGUACGAGAAGGUGGUAAAUCUUAAGAAAGCCAAUCCGUCCCUAAAAGUCCUGCUUGCAAUCGGUGGCUGGUCCUUUGGCACGCAGAAAUUCAAGGAUGUGUCUUCGACGAGAUACGCUCGACAGACGUUCAUCUACAGCGCUAUACCGUAUCUGCGGGAUAGAAACUUCGACGGCCUUGACAUCGACUGGGAAUACCCGAAGGGUGGAGACGAUAAGAAGAACUACGUCCUCCUGCUGAAGGAGCUGCGUGAGGCUUUCGAGGCGGAGGCGCAAGAAAAGAAAAAACCGCGUCUUCUGCUAACCGCUGCGGUACCAGUUGGACCUGACAACGUUAAGAGUGGAUAUGACGUGCCAGCAGUUGCCAGUUACUUGGACUUUAUCAAUCUCAUGGCCUAUGACUUCCACGGGAAAUGGGAGAGAGAAACCGGUCACAACGCCCCGUUGUAUUCCUCGUCAUUGGAUUCGGAAUGGCAGAAACAAUUGAGCGUCGACAAUGCAGCUACCAUGUGGGUCAAGCUGGGAGCACCGAAAGAAAAAUUGAUCAUAGGCAUGCCUACGUACGGCCGAUCUUUUACCCUUUCGAAUUCUGCCAACUUCCGUAUACACUCCCCAGCUAGUGGUGGCGGAAAGGCGGGCGAAUACACCAAGGAGUCCGGUUUCCUCGCAUAUUACGAGAUCUGUGAGAUGCUGCAUAACGGUGCCGCUUACGUUUGGGAUGACGAGAUGAAGGUACCCUACCUGGUGUACAACGAUCAGUGGGUUGGUUUCGACGAUGAGAAGUCCGUGAGGAAUAAAAUGCACUGGUUGAAGAGCAAGGGUUACGGAGGUGCGAUGGUAUGGACGAUCGACAUGGAUGACUUCAACGGCACCGUUUGCGGUGGAAACAUUCGGUACCCUUUGAUUGGCGCGAUGAGGGAGGAACUUAGGGGUAUUUCGCGAGGUUCGAACACCAAGGACGUCGACUGGACGGCAGUUGCUACCACCAUCACAGAGACAAUCGUGAAGAAACCGGAGCCUCACAAGAUUGCCGUUUCGGAGGUGCUCAACAAAUCGAAAAAAAUUCAGAAGUCUACACUUGUCAUUAACACUCCGAUUCAAGAGAGAGAAGCGCAAACCAUUUGUUAUCUAACAAAUUGGUCGCACAAAAGGCCGGGAAUGGGACGAUUCAGUCCGGAAGACAUCGACCCGACUCUCUGUACUCAUGUGGUAUACGCGUUUGCUACUUUGAAGGAUCAUCUACUUACUGAAGGAAGUGAUAAAGACGCUGAAAUGUACAAGAGACUGAUCGCGCUUCGUGACAAGAAUCCAGACAUUAAAAUUCUACUUGCGAUCGGAGGAUGGGCAUUCGGCUCGACGCCAUUCAAGGAACUCACUAGUAAUACAUUCCGGAUGAACCAAUUUGUCUAUGAAGCUAUCGAUUUCUUGCGAGAAUAUAAAUUCGACGGAUUGGAUGUUGACUGGGAAUACCCGAGAGGAGCCGAUGAUCGAACGGCCUACGUUAAUCUUUUGAAGGAACUUAGGCUUGCAUUUGAAGGCGAAGCAAAGAGCUCCGGUCAACCAAAAUUAAUUCUAUCAGCCGCGGUACCUGCGAGUUUUGAAGCUAUUGCCGCAGGGUACGACGUCCCUGAAAUAUCUAAGUAUUUGGACUUCAUUAACGUGAUGGCGUAUGACUUCCAUGGUCAGUGGGAGAGACAAGUCGGUCACAACAGUCCAUUGUAUCCCUUAGAAAGUGCUACUAGCUAUCAGAAAAAGCUGACAGUGGAUUACAGCGCGCGGGAAUGGGUGAAACAAGGAGCGCCAAAGGAAAAACUCAUGAUCGGAAUGCCAACGUAUGGCAGAUCCUUCACGCUGGUCGACAAGGAUAAAUUCGACAUUGGUGCACCAGCGUCUGGUGGUGGAGUAGCGGGGAACUUCACCAACGAAUCCGGAUUUUUGUCUUACUAUGAGGUUUGCAGUUUCUUAAACGAAGACAAUACGACUCUAGUAUGGGAUAGUGAGCAGCAAGUACCAUUUGCGUAUAGAGACGAUCAGUGGGUCGGAUUCGACGACGAAAGAAGUCUUAUUAACAAGAUGACUUGGCUUAAAGAAGAAGGCUUUGGAGGCGUGAUGAUCUGGUCAGUUGACAUGGACGACUUCAGAGGCUCUUGCGGAGCAGGAAAAUAUCCGCUGAUCAAAGCAAUGAAGAAGGAGCUGCAAAGCUACAAGGUCAAGCUGGAAUACGAUGGCCCUUACGAAAGUAACUUGAGAAAUGGAAAAUACACUACUAAGGAUCCGAACGAAGUGUCGUGUGACGAAGAAGACAAUCAUAUAUCUUAUCAUGCGGACAAGAAUGAUUGCACGAUGUACUAUAUGUGCGAGGGCGAGCGCAAGCAUCACAUGCCCUGUCCUGUGAAUCUGGUCUUUAAUCCUAAUGAGAAUGUCUGCGAUUGGCCGGAGAAUGUCGAGGGCUGUUUGCAACACACGCAAGCGCCGCCCGUGUAAAAGUGAAGAGCAGUAACGAAGUAAUUUUCUGCGGUACGCAAAACUGUAAAAUAAAAAAAACAACGAGGAAGUUUAGGUAAAGUGAUUUUAUUGAAAGUGUUCAUUAAUUCGCAAACAAUAAGUAUAUUAUCAUUGCGCGUCGACGAGUUUUACUCUUUCAAUUUUUUUUCUCUCAUACGUUCUCCCACAAAUAUCUUAUUGCCUACAUUUUUAUUUCUAUUUUUUAAGAUUUUUUUUUUCCAUUCUCGUAUAUUUUUACCCUCGCCAUCUGUAUAAAGCACAAACGAAAUCAUGACAAUUACAUUUGUAAAUAAAGAUAAAUUCUUGGAA